GUUCGUCCUUUCCAGAAAAAAAAUGGCGGCUGUUGACAUCGACGUGCCGGUGGACACAGAAACUCAAAUCGGCAAUCCGGAGGCCAUGGAACGUCAGGCUGAAGGCUUCAAGGAGCAAGGAAAUGCAUUCUACAGCAAGAAAGAUUACUCUGAGGCUUUCAACUAUUAUACCAAGGCCAUCGAUGUAAGCCCCAAAACUGCCAGUUAUUAUGGCAACAGGGCAGCCACCCUCAUGAUGCUCUUUCGCUUUCGAGAGGCUCUAGAAGAUUCCCAGCAAGCUGUGCGGCUGGAUGACUGUUUCAUGAAGGGUCAUCUACGUGAGGGCAAAUGCCACUUGUCGUUGGGAAAUGCCAUGGCGGCUAAUCGCUGCUUUCAGAAGGUUUUGGAGCUGGAGCCCAGCAACAGAGAGGCCCAGCAGGAGGAUAAGACUGCAGCGACUCUACUGGAGUACGAGCGAAUGGCGGAUGUUGGCUUUGUAAAGCGGGAUUUCAGAACGGUGGUGUACUGCAUGGACCGGGCUUUAGCUGUGGCUUCUGCCUGCCACCGCUUCAAAAUCAUCAAGGCCGAGUGUCUGGCUCUGCUGGGACGCUAUCCAGAGGCUCAGUCCGUAGCAAGUGAUAUCUUGCGAAUGGAUUCCACAAACGCAGACGCUCUCUACGUCCGAGGCCUGUGUCUCUACUACGAGGACUGCAUUGAUAAAGCUGUUCAGUUCUUUGUCCAGGCUCUACGCAUGGCACCUGACCACGAAAAAGCCCGGCUAGCCUGCAGGAACGCCAAAGCCUUAAAAGCCAAGAAAGAUGAAGGCAACCAGGCAUUUAAGAACUGCAACUAUGAAGCCGCCUACCAGCUGUAUACUGAGGCCCUGACGAUAGACCCCAACAACAUCAAGACCAAUGCUAAGCUCUACUGCAACAGAGCCACAGCAGGAGGAAAGCUGAAGAAACUUAAUGAAGCCAUUGAAGACUGCACCAGUGCAAUCAAGCUAGAUGACACUUACAUCAAGGCCUACCUAAGAAGAGCUCAGUGUUACAUGAACACAGAGCAGUAUGAAGAAGCUGUACGGGACUAUGAAAAAGUUUACCAGACUGAAAAAACAUCAGAACACAAGCAUCUGCUGAAGAAUGCACAGCUUGAGUUGAAGAAAAGCAAGAGGAAAGAUUAUUACAAGGUGCUGGGAAUCGGCAAGAACGCCACCGAGGACGAGAUCAAAAAAGCCUACCGCAAACGGGCCCUUAUGCAUCACCCAGACCGCCACAGUGCAGCAACUCCUGAGGUGCAGAAGGAGGAGGAAAAGAAAUUCAAGGAGGUUGGCGAGGCCUUCACUGUGCUCUCCGACCCAAAGAAGAAGAUGCGCUACGACAAUGGACAUGACCUGGAUGAGGAAAGCCACUUUGAUGGCGGAGAUUUUGAUGCAAACAACAUCUUCAGGGCUUUCUUUGGCGGCCAUGGUGGAGGAGGAGGAGGAGGGGGAGGAGGACAAGGAUUUAGUUUUGAUUCCAGUCCAGACUCUGGACCUGGAAAUUUCUUUUUCCAGUUUGGCUAAAGUGAAAGAGCAUGCGGGAAAAAGCAGCACUGCAGUGGACAAAAUCAAGUUGGACCCACAGUCACCUCCUGAUGCCCAUACUCCCGGGUGUCCUGCAAAACCUCCCCAAUAUUCUUUUUUUCAAGAGGUUUUUGAUUAUUGCAUUCACUCCUAAAUUUACUCAAAAACAGUGGGAAGGAUAAUUCAGAGACUUUAGUUAAGAAUUAACAUUGUAAAUAAAGAAGUGCUUAAGAAGUCUUUUUUUUAAGAGGGUUUGGAUCAGUUGAUAAGAGCAUGUCCCUGUUGCCAAAAUCAAAAUGAUAUUAGAUGAAAAAUCUUGUAAAACUGCCUCAACCUUCAUAAAGGUGACCAGUAGUAAAACAAAACAAAAAAAAAUGCAUUGGAAGUUUAAGCAUCAUGGUUGAUUAGUUUUAGAAGACAUAACAUGGCAUAUGUUUUUAUGGUUCUCCUGGGACAGCAGCUCUCUAUAGAGCAAGAGUCAAUGUACUGUGGAAGUUCAAUGUCAAAACUGACCUCAGGACAGCCUGUUUAGGACAAUGCUGGUCUCUUGCGAGUGUGUGUUCAGGUUUUAUUGGCUCAUUUGCCAAAUAUAGAAUCGAUGUGCAGGGUUUUCGUUUUUUUCGUCUCCAUGCUGCAUUGUAUAUUUGACUCGAAUGUAAAACUGUUUUGUGUCCAUAAAUUGUUUUCUCCUUCAGUCUUCCCUCGGUCUAUUUAUAUUUAUUGUACUGUAUAUUCUAACUUGUAUACAGCAGAAUGCCAGUGUUCAUUGUCUUCCUCCUUUUUUAAGAGAUUAAUUUGUAAAUGUUUACCACAUUUUCCUCUUUUUUCUCAGAUUGUUCAAUGUAUUUUUUCUGAAACAGGCCAAAAUCAGCGCACAUAACACCUACAGGUUUCCUUCUCUUGACAGCACCGGCCACACAUCUGUCCCACUGUCCCAGUUUAAUUCAAGUGGUGCCUUACCAGAAUGAAAUAACCUUCUUGCAGUAAAACCGAACUCAAGAACUGCAGAGCAUGUCCUAUUUGCAUAAGGCAACAGCUACAUGUGUAUAGUUUGUUUGUUUUUCUUACACAGUACUUUUUUCAUAUCUGCCCAGUGACCAAAAUUUAAAUUUGCAAGUGAACUCUUUCUCCCAUCAAACACGAAACACUUAAUUCAAUGCCAUCCAUCCAUACUCGUCAUGCACGUUCUAUCAGUACAGCCCUUCCCCUACUUGUUCCACCUGUUUUAAUGGGGCACUGGUCAUAGGUUGGAAACUUCUAUUAAUUGUUCUCUCACUGAUCUAUGUAUCGUUUUUAAAACUUGUCAAAGUAUUAACAAAAUGCUUUCUUAUUGCGAAAAUAAAGGCUUGUCUUUUACUGUAA